AUGUUCUUGGAUCAUAUUAUAGAUGAUAACAGUAUAGGCCCUCUCUUUGAAUUGAAUUCAAGCNGCUUAGAUCGUCCUAUUAGGUAUGAAGUUGACAAUGGAGGAUCUGAAACUCGUAAAUUCGAAAUGUUUUCUGGUGAAUCAAAGAGAUCAGAGGUUAAGAACGAGAAUCCAGUGAACAAUAAUAGAGUUUCUCAGCAGAGAAAGAGGAAAACUGUUGGGUUUAAGGCUGAGAUUUCAAGAGCUGCUUCGUUAGUUAUAACCCGAGAAAGCAUUCAACGUGACAAUCGAGCCGCUGAGAGAAGAAAAAAGAGGAUUGGGCUCUUAGUUGGAGAACAAGACAACAUUCAACGAGACAAGAAAAUGUCAAAGUCAAAGGUUGAGAGUUCAAGUGAUGUUCCAUUGGUUAUAGCCCAAGAAAGCAUUCAACGGGACAACAGAGUUAGGAACCUUGCUGAUAUAAAGGUUGAGACUUUAGGAAGAAGGGCUGUUCCGUUGGUUAGAGCUGAAGAAAACAUUCACCAAGUCAACAAUGUAAAGGUUAAGGCUUUAAGCCGUGUUCCGUUGGUUAGAGGCCAUGAAGAUAUUCGACGAGAUCACAAAGAUUCUGCAGGGAAAAAGAAGAGGUUAUCCGAGUUGGAGCCUGAGACUUUAAGAAGAGCUGUUCCGUUGGUCAGAGCGGAACAAGACAUUCACCGAGACAACAAUGUAAAGGUUAACACUUUAAGCCAUCUUCCGUUGGUUAGAGACCGAGAAGACGUUCAACGAGAUCACAAAGUUUGUGAAGGGAGAAAGAGGAGGUUAUUCGAGUUGGAGUCGGAGACUUUAAGAAGCGAUGUUCCAUUGUUUAGAGCCGAAGAAGACGUUCAACGAGACAACAAUGUGAUUGCUGAACGAAGAAAGAGGGAAACUGUUGAAACUAUGGCUGCAGGGAAUUCAAAGGCUGUGACUGAGACUUCAAGGAUUGUUCAGGUGACCCAAAGGAACAAAGGAAAUUUUGUUGGGAGAAGGAAGAAUAAUGAGGAAGAAGAGAGUGUUGCGGUUGUGGAAAAGGGUUACAUGAGCUACCUCACAUGGCUUGUGGAUUCUCUUAAAGAUUUGACAACAACGCAUGUGGCAAAUCUACAAAAUGAUCCGUCUGAUUUCGAUCCUCCGGUUCUGGCUGCUCUAGAAGAAUCCACAGUAGUUGUCCCUGUAAAGGAUACAUUAGUAAAUGUGAAGGUUGAGCAAGAUCUUGAGUCUUGGUCUGAUGAUUCUGAUAUAAUUGCCGUUAGUGAUUCCCCGUUUUGGGAUGGAGAAGACACACCAUUUGUGGUGUCCAAGAGCGUGGUUGAUCUCGAUAAUGAAAGUAAAGAGGAUGAAAGUAGGUCUUGUUUGUUUACAAAAGAGCUAAUGGAUGUUCUGAAAAAACCAUACGAUGAACAAGAGUUGUUGGAGCUCUCUAAUCAGGCAUCAAUGCAAAAACCAGUGACUCGAUGUAGAGAAUUCCGAAAGGGAAGGGAAAAGAUUUAUAAGACUGAUAAGCUGGGACCAUCUUAUCUCCAGAGGUUCUCUGAUUUCGAUAAAGAAUACAAGCUUGUGGAUGGUGUUGAUAAGGCAAAAGCUUUGAAGUUGCUGCGUGGGUUUUUCUUUUACUUGAGAAAUUGUUCUCGUCCUGGUGCUUUCAAGCCUUGGAGUAAGGAUAUAUAA